AUGAGUGUGAGAGUUAUUGUGUACCUUUUAUCUACUGUACUAGUAGUAUCUUCCACAUUUGUAGAAUCAAGAGCAUUGCUUCAAUUCCAAGAUCCUUCUCCUCCCUCAACUGCACCUUCUUCUUCUCCUGUCCCUUUAGCGCCAGCGUUGUUCGUCAUCGGAGACUCCUCCGUUGAUUGCGGAACCAACAAUUUUCUUGGCACCUUCGCACGCGCCGAUCACCUUCCUUACGGAAAAGAUUUCGACACCCACCAACCCACCGGAAGAUUCUCCAAUGGAAGGAUCCCCGUCGAUUAUCUUGCUCUGCGUCUUGGGCUCCCUUUUGUGCCAAGUUAUCUUGGGCAGACAGGGGCUGUGGAGGAUAUGAUUCAAGGGGUAAACUACGCUUCUGCUGGCGCUGGCAUUAUUCUCUCUAGUGGCUCUGAAUUGGGUCAGCACAUCUCCCUCACUCAGCAAAUUCAGCAAUUUACAGACACACUUCAGCAGUUUAUAUUGAACAUGGGCGAGGAUGCUGCAACCAAUCACAUAUCCAAUUCUGUCUUUUAUAUUUCUAUUGGAAUCAACGACUACAUUCAUUACUAUCUGCUCAAUGUCUCUAACGUGGAUAAUUUGUACCUACCCUGGCAUUUCAACCACUUUUUAGCAUCUUCACUCAAGCAAGAGAUAAAGAACUUGUACAAUUUAAAUGUUAGGAAAGUGGUGAUCACGGGACUUGCUCCUAUUGGCUGUGCCCCUCACUACUUGUGGCAGUACGGCAGUGGAAAUGGAGAAUGUGUUGAGCAGAUAAAUGACAUGGCCGUUGAAUUUAACUUUCUCACGAGGUACAUGGUUGAAAAUCUUGCUGAGGAGCUCCCGGGUGCCAAUAUCAUCUUCUGUGAUGUGUUAGAAGGUUCCAUGGAUAUUUUAAAGAAUCAUGAACGUUAUGGCUUUAACGUCACGAGCGAUGCCUGCUGUGGAUUGGGAAAGUACAAGGGCUGGAUCAUGUGCUUAUCACCAGAAAUGGCAUGCAGUAAUGCCUCCAACCAUAUCUGGUGGGACCAGUUUCAUCCAACUGAUGCAGUGAAUGCCAUUCUGGCCGACAAUAUAUGGAAUGGCCGGCACACUAAAAUGUGCUAUCCUAUGAACUUGGAGGACAUGGUAAAUAGGAUGGCAAGAUGAUAUUUUGAUGUUAGUUUACUCCCCUUUUUGCACAUUAGUGUUUGAUACCUCAAUGGCUCUGCUAAUAAGUAGGUAGUCUUUUUUUAUUUUUUAUUUUUUGCACAUGUUGCUGCUGAAGAGAACUAGUGUAGAUACAUAUAACGUUGUAAACGUAUAAUGGUUGUCAAAUAUUAAUACUAACA